CCACCUUGCCCCUCCAUGCCUAAGCGCAGUGGGGAAUCCAAGAAGGUCCGCGGCGGCGUCCAGUGACCGAGGGGGAGCGCGCUGCUCGUUUCGCAGCGUCCAGAAGAAGUUUAAAUUAAAAAAACAAACAACUAACAAAAAUCGUUCAUAGAAAUUAACAAACGCACGCACGCCUCGCUAGUGCCGACGCGCCGCAAGGAGUUUGUUGUUGUUGUUGCUGCUGCUUCUGUUGUCUCUUUCUCGAGUGGCUUUUGCGAGGCGAUAGCGGCGAGAGUUGCGAGGAGCCGGGCCCCAGAGCGCCCCCCACAACCACCGCCGCCCCCCACACCAGGGCUGGUGCGAUCACAGGCCUCUGGCACAGCUGCAGAGAUGUCCGAGUUGAGUUUUGCCGAAAAGGCAGAGGAGGUGACGCGUGAGGAGUGGCUGGAGCGCGUUUCCAAUGCCCAUAUCCAGCGCGCUGACAUGAAUCGCCUCAUCAUGAACUACCUGGUCACAGAGGGCUUCAAGGAGGCGGCGGAGAAGUUCCGUGUGGAAUCGGGCAUCGAACCGGGUACAGACCUUGACUCGCUGGACGAGCGCAUCAAGAUCCGGGACGUCAUCCUCAACGGCCGCAUUCAGGAAGCCAUUGGCCUCAUCAAUAGUCUGCACCCCGAGCUGCUAGACACCAACCGCUACCUCUACUUCCACCUGCAGCAGCAGCAUCUGAUCGAGCUGAUCCGCGAGCGGCAGACGGAGGCUGCGCUGGAGUUUGCACAGACGCAGCUGGCGGAGCGUGGCGAGGAGAGCAGUGAGUGCCUCCUGGAGAUGGAGCGCACGCUCGCCCUGCUCGCCUUCGACAGCCCAGAGGAGUCGCCCUUUGGCGAGCUCCUUCAUCCCUCGCAGAGACAGAAGGUUUGGAGCGAGGUAAAUGCUGCCGUGCUUGACUGUGAGAAUCAGGACUCGACACCCAAGCUGGCCAAGCUGCUCAAGCACUUGCUGUGGGCCCAGAACGAGCUGGACCAGAAGAAAGCAAAGUACCCGCGCAUGACCGACCUGGGCAAAGGCACCAUAGAGGACUUCAAGUGAAACAGCGCCCCCUCUUCUCACUCGCCCUUCUGCGUGCUUGCCAACUCGCUCGCUCCCCUCCUACUUUCUACAGAAUUCUCCAAUGCCAACUACGCUGAGCCAGAACCACUCUCGUCCUCCCUUCAUGUUUCCUCGAUUCAUACACGGUGUGGAUUUGUUGUUUUUUUGGUUUCAGUUCGGUUGGAUAUUCCUUGCUUUUGUUUGGUUUGUACUAAACAAUAUGGGCUGACUGCACGAGAAUAUUGGCCUCCGGAAUAAGGGGCUAUGCGCGAGUGAUUGUCUUGGCUAUGGAAACACAUGCAGCUGUUGAGAAGCUAUGGGCAACUGAACCUUUGACUGUCAUGUUGCCUAUUUGAUAAGGGUUAGGGAGAGUGGCUUAAUCGACGCUGGGCCAGACCGACGUCUGGCUCGGUUUGCUGUAAUCUGCGUAUGCGUUACUUCGCUCUUGUAAUGUACAGAAUCGUCGGUAAGUUAUUUUCAUCGUGAUUGCUCAUCAGCGACCUGGCAAAAAAAGAAAGAUGUUUUGUUUCGGUGAAAUGUCCAUGUAAUUUUCCACGGUUUCGUCAACAAAAAAAUGCAAGGCUUGUUUUGCAUUUUCAGUGGUCGUUAACGAUGGUUGACAGAAUUUGUUUGCAGUGAUGCAUUGCUUUAGUUUAGAUCCCUUUGUAAUCUUACUUCGUUAAUUUUCAAUGGCAGCGUUUGUAAAGAGCAGGAAAGCUUGCGGUAUGAUCUCCACACACAUGCUGCAUGCUAGCCACAUUUCUGGCAUUUCACCCAACUAGAAAAUGCUAAGGCAUCCCUGCUAACAUGCCACUUUUGUGCUUCACAAACAGGAAAUCGUGGGAGCCUUUAUUUUGGGCUAUGAGCAUUAGAGUAAUUGAACAACAAUGAUUAUUAUUCCUUUACACUGGGGGUGUUUACGAUGUUUCACGUUGUAAGAUGUGGUGCCAGUUUGGGAGGCAAAGGCUGAGGAAUCACCAUGGAUGCAUAAGAACAUGCUCAAGUUGCUGUACUGGCAUUGAGUACCUGUUGUACAUUAUUGUAACAAAUGGUAGGCGUGUCUGGGAAAACUUUGGCAGUGUUCACUUUAGUUCCCAGCGCUACUUGUUUUGACGGACAGCUGCCAUCAGACAAUGCAUGUUUUUUUCCUUAACAGUAUUUGGGCAGCAUCUCCUUUAAAGCAUACAAAAUAUAAUCAAGUAAAAUUUCCUCGUUAUUCAAACAAGCAUUGGGGGCAAUUUAACAUGUAGGCUUUCGCGAACAAUACCAUCCAUAAUAUAGGUUUUUUGGGUUAGAUCGCAUAAAUAUAAAUGUGUCGUUAAACCCGCCAUAACCAGACAGCCGAUUGUUUGCCAUGUAAACAGAACAUGCCAAUUCGUUACUAGUACAUUUCGGGUGGUGGUGGUUUUAUCGACAAAUUAAUAUUUACGCGAUCUAACCAAAUAACCUAUUAUGCAUUGGAGCUGUUUAUCUCCAUUGUAAACCAGUGGGAGAAAUUAUUUAUUCCCAUGGCAGAGGCCAUUUAGCCAUAGGAGGACGACUCUUGACUUCCAACAAAGCCUUAUACAUUUAUUUUUCCCAGAGGGAUGCUGGUAUCGAGUCAUUCCUCUGACCCCAGGAUUUGAAUUCACAACCUUACUGCUAGUCAGGUGUUUUAAUCACCGUGCCACCCCAUUGGAUACAAAUGGUGCACAUGGCUUAAAAUGUAGUUUUGAAUAAUUAAUACAAUUUCAGUAUUUAGGCUGGCUUUCCAGAUGCUUGUGUGCAGAUGCUGCACCUCCAUAGCAAAUUACGACAGCUGAACGGCCCUCUUCCUGCCACAUUAAUUUAACUAAAAGCAAUGGGGAAUGUCCUCAAAUGUGUCAGAGCGUGGAGGAGUUAAUCCCCCUCAUGUUAUUUUGAAAUUGCAGAGAGAAAUGCAAAAGUUGGCAAUUGGCAAUAAUCGCCAGGUAUCGUAGGGCAGUUUAGAGGUAAACUAAAUGUGUUUCACCAUUGAAGGCUGCAGGCUCUCCAGAUUUCCUGUUACGGUGUCUUUAUUGAUCCCUGGGACACUGCCAUGGUGUAAAUAUAUACUGCACCCGCUGUGGUCAUGUAAUGAUUGAUCAAUUAAAAUUUAUUAUGUGCAAGAUGUAUACAUCAAAUCGUGCUUGCAAGAAUCUUAUUACAAUUAAUUCAAAUAUGGAAUAAAAAAAUGCAAACGUUACCUUGAAGCCAGUGGAACGAACAGAACAAAUUAAACAUGGUACAAAUAAAAUGGACUACAAUUAAGACAGAAUAAAAAUAAAAAUUGUACAUCUUUAAUUAAAAGAAAUAUCCUGAAAUUGGGGAAAUGCAGUGAAUCAAAAGUGCUUGGGGAUACUCAUGUCGAACCUGAUUAGGAUCUGCAAAUGAAGUUAAGUUCAAUUUGGGGGUAAAGAGAUUAGAUCUUACAUCCCACACCACUGACUAAAAGGAAACCCGAGCUGGAGUUUGGACUCCUCAAACUAGAGCCUGGAUUCUGCCCUGGUCCUGACAAACUUGUUCGGCUGUCUGCUCAUUCAGGCUAAUUCCUAGACUUGUAAUGUGAAACUGAGCCAGGGUUGGAUCAGCGUUAAAUGGCCAUUUGCCAGGUUGGCCAGACAUAAAAUUGAGCUGUCUCAGCUGUUCAACUUCAACCUCCUGAUUAUUAUUUCCUAAUUUAUUAAAACAAUGUGCUACUCAGCAUAGAAGCCAUGGCUGCCUUCUAUCAGGCGAUGGAUUGUUACAUUUUCUUGUAGGUUUACCUGUGUUCACGGCAUCUCUAAAACAGAGAAAGCAACUGGGAUAUCUUGCUGUCUUGUUACUCCCAGAAAACAACUGCUACGUUAGAAUGUGCUCCUGGUCAACUUUGGUGGGACUCACAAGCAUGGGCAGACCUCGACUCCUGUAGGACAGCUGAUCUGCAUGGAUUGCACGACUGAUGACAUAACAUGAACAGGUUUUCGUAGGGAGGUAUAGAACAGACAAUUUGGACCAGCUGAGCUCCAUUAAACUAAGGUUGACAGAAAGAGGGGGUAACUACCUACAUUAAUGGCGUCAAGGACAACUGUGCAGGCAGCAGUAGAGAAACAUCCAUGUCGAGCAACACUUGCAAGCCCGUGUCUGCUCUGCCGACACGGAGUUCACACAAAUGUGGAUGAAGAGCGAAACCCCAAUUCUCCAGGAUUCAAUGGGACUUUCAUUAGAGCAGGGUGGCAAUGGCUGGCCCAAGGGUGGUGCAGAGCAGUAUCCACAGCCAAGAGGAUAAUGGAAGGACCCUGGUGGUGGGUAAAUGUGGGUAAGCUUCACGAGUCUGGAAUGUGAGCAGAUGGAACCCCCACCCAGCCCAGGGCUGGGAAUUUGCCGUAAUUGCACCGCUGAAAGAGGAUGUCGUGAACUCUUGGGUUAAUUAAAAAAAAACAUUCCAGAGAGUCCUGGAUACUCUCUCAAGACCGCCAAGACAAAACCUAUUACUCCUGGAGCAUAGAGCCCAGAUUGGCUCCACCUUGCAUCUUCCAGGAAGAUGCAAUCCCAAUAUCAAAUGGCUCAUUUCUUUUGGAUCCGCACCUCGGUAUUGCCCCAGGCUGCACGGCAUGGGGUUAAAUGGUUGAGGGAAAAAUGAAUAAGGUCUAACUGAAGCACAAUCUAAAUACCUUGCUGCAGCAUCCAUCUCAGAAUUGUAUGGAAAGCUCUCGAUCGAUUUGAAGUAUUUUCUCAUUAUUGAACCCAAACCGUAUAGACAGACCAGAGCAAAAGCUUGGGGUGUAGCUUUAAGAGCAGUUUUGUUUUUUGGUGUAAAAAUCUUCCUAUAAAUCAGCUGCCUCUUGCCAGAAGUUGAGUUUUUUGUUUAACUGCAGUACCUCAAUUUUAGGUCCAGGUGAUGAGACAAAUGCCCAGUUUCCUCCUUGCCGAGUCCAGACCCAAUUAGGGUCCCAAUUUAGAAAUCCUAAAGGCUAAAAUUUGCCUUGACAGUUGCGUUCAGGGUUAGUGCAUUCACAUCCACUUUGUGGGUUCUGCAGCUCCCCUGCUUUGAUUUGGUAGUUUUUUUACCAAAUGCAUAUAUAGCCCAAAAAGGUCAAACUUAUUUUUGGUAUACUUUUUGAUUGAUAUUUUUUUAGGAGUCGUGUUAAAAUGUUGUCUUAUAAGAACUUUUAUUGCAAAUGUAUUAUCUGGAGAUUGCAGGGUGAAUUUCUCAGUGACAUACAUCACGUUUAACUGUGUAUAAGCUGUCAACAUUUAAUUCAGUGAACUUUCAUUCUGAAGGUGAUGUUUUCCUUAAAAUUGUCUUCAAUACAGCAAUACCCUCGCCAACCGCGGGGGGUUAGGUUCCUGGAAAAGGCCGUGGAAGACAAAUUCGCAGUUGGCAAAGUAGUCCAGGGCCUAUGGAAAAUAUGGAGUUGGAGGAACCAUGGCCACACCCGUCAAAGCUUAAUUGCGUUGACCGUUUACUUAAACAAAUAAAACAGUACAUCACGUAAUAAACAUCAAUUUAACUUUACAUACCUUAAUACUGAGGGUAGAAGUCCAUGAUUUUGACAAUGAUAUGGGGGGGGGAAGGGGUGGUUAGGAGGGGUUCAGCCCACCCUUCCUCUGGGUCAUCAAUUACACGUGUGGGCAGGUAAGGAGGCAGGUAGUGGCGCUGCUGGCUGGAUCAGUGGUGUUGGUUCUUUUCUUUAUAAAAAUGUAGGAUGAAUGGAUGGACCAACAGAAGCAAAAGAUGCGCUGCGAGACUCAGCAAAACAGAUGGACAGCCAAUGCGCUACGCAGCGCCACAGGUAGCGUGGAAGACAACUGUGGCUCCACAAAAUUUGAAAAUGCGUUGUAAACUUAUAUACAGUUAAACCUUGUGUACAUCAAGUCCGUAGUUUACAAGGGAUUGCUUUAUUCAAAAAUGAGGGACUUGCCAUGUAAUAGUUUGCACACACUGGACUUACAAUCCGGAGGUGGGACAUUUUAAUUCCUCCUUGCAGUGGAACCUUGGGCAAGAUUCUCAAAAACAAUAUCUCUGCAUGUCCACAAAGCCGUAUAAAAUGGGUCAACGACACUCCAUUGGCAGGUUGCUUGUGGUGGUGUAGUCUGGGUAUGCACUUUUCAAUAGGUCUGGUCAACAUGGAGUAGACAAUGCUCUCGAGUUUGCUCAAGAGGCCCAUCUGCCAGCAGUGGCAUGCGCAAGCAUUUGCGGCCGCAUCUUUGACUUUAACAAAUUACCCUGAAGAUUUUGAAAUCUAAAUAGUUUGUUUACACUUUUUUUAACAAAGCCAAUUGAAAGCCAUUUUAAAUAACCAAGUCAAAGUAAAAAAAAAACAAGAAUUGGGCAGUGCUCUGCUUCCACUGGUAGCCGUGAGUCAGUGGUGCUCCCAAUUUAUUGUCGGCCAUGGACAAUUAACGAGGUGGAAGUUGCCCAAUUGGAAGGAGGUGCAUCUGUCCAUGUGUGUUCUCCAGGGCUGUGCUCCAUGGCCACAGUUUUAUCAGCCCUCUCCCCCACCACCAGCCGUUGCACCCACCCUGCUUUGUAUAAUAUUUAGGUCACCCAUGCCAAUGGGCUGCAAUCUGUGGUGCAACGUUAAGAUAGAAACGGGCAGAAGGGUGCUGAAUGCAGGCGGCAUUGCGCAAUCUGUAUACAAUCGGCAAUUAAUGUAAAUUUGCAAAUUGUGAAGCUAAAUUUAUCGUACGUUUAUUCAGCCAAAAGGUUUCUGCUGUAGAGCUGUAAAAUUGUGGGUUACUUUUUUGUUGGAAAGAGAACCUCCAUGUCUACCACUUCUAACAUAACAGGUCUGUAAAAAACUAAAGGGAAAGUAAACUGCAUACAAGAGACUUUGCAAAAACACCUGAUGGAUGGUUAUGCAUUAGGUUCAGUGGGAAGGGUAGUGGAUUGGAGUUAGGGCAAGUGUUUGGCUAAUUGUGCUUCCAAACUCUUGCCUUUGCCACCCUUGCCAUCGUCUCCUUUUCAGCUUAACUUAUUUUCAUUGUUGGCAUUGGCAACACAAUUAAGGAAAACCACCGUUAUGAAUGACACGUUCCUUAUACACUGUACAAAGGCCAGUGUCAGUAAAAACUGAGUCGCAUUUAUUUUUUGUUCAGACGCUACAAACUAAAUUGCAUUGAGAUGCAAAGCGCAUAAAGGGAAUUUCUCAAAAACAAGAAUCAGCUAAAAAAACAUUAAAACAAAGUGAAAAUAAACACGCAAGAUUCCUUAAUUCGUGGCCAAUUCUCGACCGUCAGACAACCGUGGCACUGCUACUGGUCUGCAGUAGAUGUAAUGAACCACACACUGCAGUUCACCUUUUACAAAUAAACAUUGACCACAGGGGGCUUUCAACAGCCUGCUCAUUGCCUAAAAGCCAAGAUGUACACCUCCCAGGCUCAUUCAACUGGAACACAAUUAUCCAAUGCUCAUCCAUUGCAGGUUGAACAAAUUAAGCCAGCGCUAAAAAAUAAACUUUUAAAGUAUAUUGUGAACGCAUUUAAAUUUGUGCACUUGUCAAAAUGUCUCCAUGUCCAAACAGGCAAUGGUGCUGAACUGAUUUAGAGGCCCCAAGCCAGUGGUACAAAUUCCAUAUUACCCUGGCAGGCCCAAUCUCAGCAAGACCACUGCUGACUUCUCUCAAAAGGGGUAUGGCUUGGCUGUAAACUUUCACUCAGCAGUUACUCCAUGAGCCCAGAACAGUUAUUUCAGUUGUUGGUACCAUCCGAGGUGGCACAGCUUUAGUUGUUACAAUUUUUGUGGCCAAUUAUAGUGAAUCUUGUAAUAACCAUUUGACACGAGUGGGUUAUCAAGUAAUUAAUUCAAGGUAUAAACCAUAUACAUAAAUCGGUAUUGCAAAAAGUUUUGCAACUUCAGUGGUACCAAGAUCUGUUCUGGCUCACAGACUAAGUGACACACUGAUCUCACCAGUUCAAAAUCAGAAUGUCUUGUGGAGGAAUCCGAUGCUGCUCAAAAGGCUGUGCGCACGGCCGUUCACGUGUAACCUUUCGGUAAAUAAACACGAACUCUACAUA